AUGCGGAUCGAUCGUGUUUUCCUUCGGGGUUCAAUAGGCAUGGGAGGGAAACAGCGGACACGGUGUAUAGCCUGGGCUACUGUCCCCUGGGAUCCACCUCUGCCGAUGGAUUACGAGUACAUGACUGCGCUCAUGGAAAACGGCACGGCAAUAUACGCCGGAUGCACAAGGCACAAACUGUUUACAGGCACCACAAUCGUCACCGUUCGCCAAAAGACAGCAGACUCAAGCACGCAGGUCACAGGGCCUAUCACCAUGUUGGCGCAACCCAUCACGAUACAACUCCCCUCCUCAGACUCUAGCCUAUUCGUCACCGCGGCUACUGCUACAUCUGCAUCUUCGUCUUCUAUUUCUUCUUUUUCUUCUUCCGCGCAGCCCUCUUCAACCGCAUCGCAGGUCUCGGAGACCGGCUCAGGUGCCCCAACAAGCUCUCCGCAAUCUAGAUCUACGGUUUAUCCAGGGGGGCUUGACUCGGGGUGGGCGGCAUUGCCAUAUUUGCUGCGAUCGGGCUUUGGCACUAGCGGCGACGCAAGGCGAGCAAGAAUGAUGUAG